AUGGACAGUGGAAAUAGCAACCACAAAGAAAUGAAGCACCAGGAAAUUGAGCAUCACAAAGAAAUGGAGCACCACAAGAAUGGCGUGCCGGUUCCACCACCGCCCCAUCAGCAUGGGCCAGAUAGACCACGACAGUACGCGCCGACAGGGACAGCAUCCCAGGUGCACCAUGAUGAGAACAUGCCGCGCGUUCCUCCGCCAUCAGACUUGCCUAUAUAUGCCAAUUGGGCGUGCAAUAAGCUGACUCUCGGAGGAGGCGUGGCAAUCUUUCAUCUUUCUUCAGCUAGAGUCGUGGUCUGCUGGCAUGGCCGAGACGGCUACUGGUUUCUGCCGAAGGGCAGGCGAGAUGCAAAUGAGGAGUCGGGAUUAGGUGCUGAAAGAGAGGGCUUUGAGGAGUCUGGCUACCGCAACCGUCUGCUGCCAAUCCCGCUCCGCCAUUGUCAACCACGCCCACAUGUUCCACAUAGUGCCUCGCCAGCAUCACACUCGCCGUUUGUGACUGAGCCUAUAUGGACACAGCUCGCCCCAAAUGGUCAUACUCAUCAAUAUGUUCUGUUCUGGUACAUUGCGGAGACGCUUCCGCCGGACAUUGAGGAGAAAAUCAACAAAGAAGUACAACACCAAGCCCAAGAAACUUCAAAAGAUCCGUCUCAAGGCCGCGACCCAGCUGUCCGCUCUGAGCAUGCCGGAUCUGAGACUGUUCGAGAAGGAAACCAUCCUGUUCCCAGCGUAUUGGCCAUACCAUAUCAAGCCCCGCCUCGCUAUCCAACAUUUUUGAGCAUUGAAGAUCGAAUUGCCAUGGAGCCGCCAAACUACGAGCCUGUACAUCAUCCCAAUACAGGUGUAGAUGAGGAAGAAGCAACAUAUCAAUCCUUUUUAUUACCGGUAGAAGAAGCAGCGGAAAAGCUCAAGGGAAGCAUUCAGGAGGAUGUUGUCCGGAGUGGAUGGGAAGCAAUUUGCAAAAGACGAGAGAUGGAAUGGAAAGCAGCAGCAAGUUUGGCAAAAUAA